AUGAUUUUGAUUAUAAAAGGAAGAAUUUUACCAAUACUUGGCUUGCGUGUCUUUCCAUUCACGACGGAGACUGUUACACCGAGUAUCCAAGAAUUUGAUUUAUAUUUGGAACUUGAAAAAUUCAUUCGCCAUUCAGCUGAGCCUAUAGUAAUACCUGGUGUUACUUUAUUUUUUGGUUUUCCAUGGAUUGGUAAUGUUGGUCAUACGCUCUUUGAUGGACUAUAUCCUGCCUAUGCUGCAAUAAUUCCUUUUCCACCUAGACAUCUUCAUCCAUUUCGUUUACUUUGUGCCAUAGAUGAGUGUCAAACUUGUCGAGAUGAAGAUAUAUUUAAUCGAUUUGCUGGUCUCGGUAUUAUUAAGCAAUACAUUCUAAAUGAUAUGUCAAAUGGAAGUUGGUUUGUUUUCGAUGAGUUUGUUAUGGGUGGUGGCAUGAUGUGUCAGCGAUGUACACAACCAAAUCUACAAUUACCUGGAGGAGUCGAAUUGGAUGGUUCUAGACUAUUUCGUAAUAGAAUGUAUUCUCAACAUGGAAUUCUUCCACCAGCUAGACGACACAACCAUUCUGCAGAAGGUCGAAAUCGACAUGAUGUACUCCGUGCUUAUAUAAUUGAUAAUAAACGCUUCACUGAAACCGACAGAAAAGAAAUCAAUGCUGCAAUAAUUGAAAUUAACAAUUAUACUAUUGCGCAUCAAAAUAAAAACAUAAGUACAAUCAACAAAUUAGAUUGGCCACUUGUAAAAGUCUCAUAUAUAGAUUAUGGUUCAAUCGAAGGUCAAAAAAAGAAAUCAUCUCGAUUCAAUGCAACUCCAAUAGAUGCUAGACCACCAACAUAUGAAUUGAUAGAAACCUAUUUUACGGCUCAGUUACGAUUAUUGCGUACUAUGGAUAUUCAUAUUAUAGGACCCGGUACAGGUGCAAUGUAUCAAACAUUUUUAUCGGAUGGAUCAGUAGUCAUUAAUCUCGGUGGAUUAAUACCAUUGAGAUCAGAAGAUCAAAAUAUAACACAUACAGCAUAUAUGGAACAGUACAUGACAUCUGGUGCACCCUAUCUCAAAGCUCUCUAUUAUCCGAUUAAUGAAAGGCCAAAAGGAAUAAAAAGAGAGGAAUUAGUAAAACUCAUUCGACAAGCAGCCAAACUCAUCAUGAACGGCUUUUCUAUACCAGUAAAUUCGAAAGAUAACUUGGCACCAGAUGGACAAUUAUUUAUUGAAAUGUGUGAAAGAGAUAAAAAACUUUGUGAACUCGUUACGGCAAGAGCACGAGGUACUGAUUUUGGUUGUUAUAAUUUUUGGGUCGAAGAGUUCAUUCACGAACGUGGACCAUGGAGAGAACAAGUGAGUACUGGUGGUAUUAGAAAAACUCAGUGUCCAUACAAUCUUACAUUGAUGCGUGAAUUGAGAGAUAAAUAUGGCAUUCGUCAUUAUGAAGGAACAAGUGUUAAUCAAUCAAAAGUCUCUGGUUAA